AUGCAAGCUGCGCUGCUGAAACGCUCCGCGACAAGCCAGGCUGCUCAACAAGUUCUUGCUGUUCUGCUGCAAUGGGCUCGUUUGGUUGCAGAAUCGCGAAAGCGUGCAAGACGCAGAGAUUUCGCGCACUGCCAGCUGAGACUUCAGCGCAAUGGCUUUCUAAGCUUCCUUGUGUACGCUUGGGCACGUGUGGUGGACAGAGAGGUCUUGGCCAACUGGGCCCGUGCCUGCGACAGGAGCUUGGCCGCGGCUGCCUCUGCCUCGGAGUUUUACGCGCACAAGCGCCGCACACUUCUCAUUGCUGCGAUCUGGUCCGGCUGGUGUUUCCAUGUCUCUGAGAUGCGCGGCAGAUGCAAGUUGCUCCGGAUCUCCCAGAGUGCCCGGAAUGCGGAGCGAGUUCAGCUGCAGAUGAUCCUCUGGAAACACUGGACCACUUCCGCGCUGCAGGCCCGGCGGCGACGCGAGGAGGCCAGGCAUCUCAGCCAAAGAAAAGAGCUGGAGACUGCGAACCGGCGGGCUUUUCUGCUGUCAUUUGGCUUUUGGCGCUGGCGGCUGCGUGCGCAGAGAUUGGGACUGGUCAUUAGAGUGCAGUCGGUGCAAGCACGGGCAUUUGCUUCGUUGCUGCCCACCUGGUGCUGGCGCCUUUGGGCAGAACUGGCCAGGCAAAGGCGCCACUCCCUCGCUCAAGGACACCUUGUCAAGCGAAUUGCUGCAAGGCUUGUGACCCGAAGCAUGCGCGCUUUGGUUGCCACUCGCCUUGGCCAAGCACUUGCGCAGUGCACCCGCCAUGUUGGAAUGCGAAGUCAGGCAGCCAGAUGCGGCAGCCGCGCUCAGGAACUGGCCAGGCGACACUGCCAGAGGAGAACAUUGAGUGCAUGGCGGUCAGCGGCGGAACGUACAGCUCGGGCACGCCUUUGUUCCAGGGCGCUGGAUGUCAGCCUCCAACGAUUCGGCAGUGCUACAGUUUGCCCAGGGCAUGAUCGGCUCGUAGGACGCAGCUGCCCAGCCGUGUUCACAGCGCGGGCCAACGAGGCUCUUCUGUUUCACAGCUGGCGACUCUGUGCCCGCUGGGCUGCAUGGUUCGACCGUGCCUGGCAGCGGAGUGCUGAGGGCACUGGCCACUACAGCCCAUCUGAUCUUCAGAACUGCUCCCCCCAGCUCCCCAAGGUGCGGUCCGAUCUUCUUCUGGAGUCGCAACAACUACAGGAUGAGCUGAGGCGGCAGCACAGCCGCGCUGAGCGUAACGCGGAGGAGUUGCAGCACCUGAAGGGUAAAUACCAGCAUCGGCAAGCUCGCGGACAUAGUCAUGACAGAGUCAUGGAACCUGUGGCCGCAGAGACGGAACCGGUGGCUGUUCAGAGCGAAGAGCGCGAUGCCGGGCUGGUGGCAGUGCUGCGCCGACGAGGAAGCAUCGAUGCCGAACUGUUGGCGGUUCCACUCGGAAGCUCUCGACGAAGGUGA